AUGGCGGCCGUGCAGCAACCCGGCAUGCAGCAGUCGGCCAACAAUCCAGGCAACAACUCCGCCGCCGCAGCAAUGGCUAACAGCAUACUGCCGAACGGCAUGACGAAGGAGUCCGUGCAGGCACUAUAUAAGCGAUAUCAAACCAUGAAGGCCUCCGGCACUCCGGAUACCGACCCAGAGAUGCAGAAAGCACGGAACAUCCUACACGGAAUACAGCAGCGGACCGAGCAGAUCAAGCGCAUGCAGGCCAUGAAGCAACAGCAGAUGAAGAUGCAGAUGCAACAGCAGCAAACGCCGGGACAGCAGAACGGAACCCCCCAGCCACCUCAGAUGAAUGGCGCAUCCGUUCCGACACCUCAACCUGACUCCCAGAUGCAGCCCCAGUCCAUCAUGGGUGCUGCAAACGGCGUGUCCCAACGACCAGUUCAGUCUAUGCCCCAGGCCUCUGCACCUGCGCAACCUACCCAGGUGGACAGCAGUGGUGGACAGGCUUUCAGCAAAGACCAGGUUGCGACUCUACGAGCACAGAUGCAGGCCUUCUCACACCUCCAGAAGAACUUGCCGGUACCGCAAUCCAUCGCAGACCACAUCUUUCCCUCGAGACAAGACCAGAAGGCUUUGACGCCUGCUGAGGGCGUGGCAGUUGCUGGCAAGGUCUUGGAAGAUGCGGCGAGGGACCCGAGUGCUACGGCUGCCGAGGAGAAUGGCAAGCCGCGACACAAGUUCGAGACCUUCACGGACCCUCACGAGCUCAUGCUCAAGCGGAUCAGCUACUCCGACCACACUCAUCGUCGAUACCGAACCAUGAUUCCCAGCAUCAUGCCACUCGGCGUAGAUCCAGAACGUGUUCGAGAAGAGCGAGAAAACAUCGUGUACAACCGCAUCAACACACGAAAGGCCGAGCUUGGUCAGUUGUCAGCGAACAUCGGCGGCUGGGACAUGAGCAAAUCAGAGACACCAGAAGACAACGCUGACCUCAAGCGACGAGCUCUUCUGGAGUACAAGAUGCUCACUCUGCUUCCCAAGCAGCGCGAGAUGCGACAAAAGAUCGGCAAAGAGAUGAUGCUCUCUGACAGCUUGUCCAUGACGGCCAAUCGUAGCAUGUAUCGCCGUGUCAAGAAACAGUCGCUUCGGGAAGCCAGAGUCACAGAAAAGCUGGAAAAGCAGCAACGCGACGCGGCAGAGAACAAGGAGAUGAAGAAGCACAACGAGUACAUUCGCUCGAUUGUGCAGCACUCCGAGGACAUCCGCAAUGGUGCUCAACUGCACAAGCAACGUGUGCAGAAGCUGGGUCGCUUGAUGAUCGCCACUCACUCCAACAUCGAAAAGGAAGAGCAAAAGCGCAUCGAGCGAACUGCCAAGCAACGUCUGCAAGCCUUGAAGGCCAACGACGAAGAGACUUACCUGAAGCUGCUCGGCCAGGCCAAGGAUUCUCGUAUCUCGCACUUGCUCAAGCAGACCGAUGGUUUCUUGAACGAGCUGGCGGCCUCCGUCAAGGCUCAACAGCGAAAAGCCCUUGGAGACAGUGCCUCGCCAGACCCGCCGCCAGACGAGAACGCCGAGCCCGACAGCGAAGAUGAAAGCAAGCCAAAGAUCGAUUACUACGAAGUCGCUCAUCGCAUCAAGGAACCUGUUCUCGGUCAGGCCUCGAAUCUGGUCGGCGGUACGCUCAAGGAGUACCAGAUCAAGGGUUUGCAGUGGAUGAUCUCGCUGUACAACAACAACCUGAACGGUAUCUUGGCCGACGAGAUGGGUCUCGGAAAGACUAUUCAGACCAUUUCACUCAUCACAUACCUCAUCGAGAAGAAGCGACAGAACGGGCCGUAUCUCGUGAUAGUACCACUCAGUACGCUCACGAACUGGAACAGCGAGUUCGAACGCUGGGCUCCCAGCGUCCAGCGUAUCGUCUACAAGGGUCCGCCAGCUCAGCGGAAGAACCACCAGCAACAGAUCAGAUUUGGCAACUUCCAGGUUCUCCUCACCACGUACGAAUUCAUUAUCAAGGAUCGGCCCAUCCUGAGCAAAGUCCGAUGGCUCCACAUGAUUAUCGAUGAAGGUCAUCGCAUGAAGAACGCACAGUCCAAGCUCAGCAACACCAUUUCUCAGUACUACCACACGCGCUAUCGCCUGAUUCUGACCGGUACUCCACUUCAGAACAAUCUCACAGAGCUGUGGUCAAUGUUGAACUUCGUGCUUCCCAACAUCUUCAAGUCGGCGAAGUCCUUCGAUGAGUGGUUCAAUACGCCUUUCGCAAACACCGGUGGCCAAGACAAGAUAGAGCUCACCGAAGAAGAGCAGCUGCUCGUUAUUCGUCGUCUUCACAAGGUCCUUCGUCCCUUCCUUCUGCGUCGUCUCAAGAAGGACGUUGAGAAGGAUCUUCCUGACAAGCAAGAACGUGUCAUUAAGUGCUCUCUGUCCGCCCUUCAAGCCAAACUCUACAAGCAACUUAUGCAACACAAUCGCAUCGAUGUCGUGGGCGCAGAUGGCAAAAAGACAGGUCUACGUGGUCUGAGCAACAUGCUCAUGCAGCUGCGCAAGCUUUGCAACCAUCCUUUCGUCUUCGAGGAGGUUGAGGAUCAGAUGAAUCCCAACAGGUUGACCAACGACCUCAUCUGGCGAACAGCUGGAAAGUUCGAGCUGCUAGACCGUGUGCUACCCAAGUUCGAAGCCACUGGCCACAGAGUGCUCAUGUUCUUCCAGAUGACCCAGAUCAUGAACAUCAUGGAAGACUUCCUUCGGUACAGAGGCACGAAAUACCUACGAUUAGAUGGUAGUACCAAGGCCGAUGAUCGAUCCGAGCUGCUCAAGCUGUUCAACGCACCAGGCUCUGAAUACCAAAUCUUUUUGCUAUCUACUCGUGCCGGUGGUCUUGGUCUGAACUUGCAGACAGCUGACACAGUCAUCAUCUACGAUUCGGAUUGGAACCCUCAUCAAGAUUUGCAAGCGCAGGAUCGUGCUCAUCGUAUCGGCCAGAAGAACGAAGUGCGUAUCCUACGUCUCAUCACAUCCAACUCCGUUGAGGAAAAGAUCUUGGAGCGGGCGCAAUACAAGCUUGACAUGGACGGCAAAGUCAUUCAGGCUGGUAAGUUCGACAACAAGUCCACGAACGAGGAACGUGACGAGAUGCUGCGUGUCAUGUUGGAGUCUGCCGAAGCAGUGGAGAAUAUGGAGUCUGAAGAGAUGGACGACGAUGACCUCAACCUGAUCAUGAUGCGUGACGAUUGGGAACUCGUCAAGUUUCAAGAAAUGGAUCGUGAACGACAAAAGACCGAGAAAUACGGCCCUGACAAGAAGUACCUUCGUCUACUUGGCGAGAGCGAACUGCCCGAUAUCUAUCUACAAGACGACAACCCCGUCGUUGAAGAGAUCGAGUUCAACUACGGUCGCGGAGCUAGAGAGCGAACCAAGGUCAAGUACGAUGACGGCUUGACCGAGGAGCAGUGGCUCGAUGCCGUCGAUGCCGAUGACGACUCGAUCGAGGAUGCAAUCGCUCGCAAGCAGGCUCGGAUAGCAAGACGCAGCGACAAGAAAGAGUCACGUCUUCGUGAAGGUACUGGUGUGGACACUCCACCGCCGGAUGUCGACAGUGAGGAAGAGACGCCGCAACCCAAGAAACGUGGUCGCAAGGUAGUCAGAGACUCAGGAAAGCGGAAGCAGGAAGAAGCUGCACUCGACAGCGCUCCCGAACCACCCAAGAAGCGUGGCCGCAAUCCCAAGACCGCUGAGACGCUGUCCAAGGACGACCGUGCAACAUUGCAAGGCAUCCUGGACAGCGUGCACGACUCGCUGCAAGAUCUCGAAGAGGAGUCAACUGAUCUUGCACUCGCCAACCGUGGCAUCAUCGACCCAUUUCUGGAACUGCCGCCUAAACAGUACUACCCCGACUAUUACGAGCUGAUCAAGAAGCCUAUCUGCAUGAAGAACAUCGAGAACAAGAUCAACAAGAAGCAAUACCAUAGCCUCAAAGAGUUCCGCUCGGAUAUUGCUCUGCUCUGCAGCAACUGUCGACAAUACAAUGAAGAUGGCAGCGUGCUCUUCGCGGAUGCUAAUACCAUCGAGCGUGCAUGUGAUGACAAGCUGCGCGAACAAAUUGCAGAACAUCCUCGAUGGCAACGUGAUCUCGAACAAGACAGCUCUGUGGCAGAUGGGACGUCUACGAGACCCAUGUCGUCCGUUGGCACUCCCCAGCCUGCGGCAAAGCCCAGCAUCAAGCUCAAACUGAGUGGUGCUAGAGCCAACGGUAACACUUCAAGAGGCGGCACCGAAAGCGCCGCUCAAAGCGACGACGAAUAG